CGGAGAGAAGGUGGUCCUCCGCUCUCUGUCUGACUGACUCUAAACGGAGGAGGCGGAUUAAAAAAGAGGCUCCCCGGUGCUUUAAAGAUGGAGAGAGGGGAAGAUGGCGGUGUCCUCCGGUCUCGCUGCAGAUCACCAGAGACGCCCCCCACCUCCCCGGACCCGGACCGAUCCUUCAGCUCUUUGGACGGGGACAGGAAACCAGAACAGCAGCAGCAGGGCAACGGAGUCAGCCAUGCUACCAGCAACGGCAUAAUUGAGGUGGAGCAUGUGAUCAGCAAGAAGCUGCAGCUGAAGAGGAAAGCAGAGCACCUGAAGAGCGACCUGAUGCAUCAGCUGGACGGCCACGUGAACGACUUCAUGGACAGUCUGAUGGAGGAGUCGUCCAGCCUGGAGUCUGCUCCUCUCCCCGCCUCCUUCUCCCCCCCGCUGUCCGACAAGGAGAGGAGCAAACUCAGGUAUUUCCGGCCUCCUCACGGUGAGGGGAAGCAGUUCGUCAGUCGCCGGUCCCUCUUAGACCAGCUGUUUGAGGUGAACCACAUCAGGACCAUCUACCACAUGUUCAUCGCUCUGCUCAUCCUCUUCAUCCUCAGCACGCUGCUGGUGGAUUUCAUAGAUGAAGGCAGACUGGUGCUGCACUUUGAGCUGCUGGUGUAUGCGUUCGGACAGCUCCCCCUGGUGGUGUGCACGUGGAUCUGCAUGUUCCUGUCGGUUCUGCUGGUUCCCUACAGUCUGUUCCACCUGUGGGCUCAGACCCAGAGGGGGUCUCACCCUCAGUUCUGCAGCUUCCUGUUGGGCUCUGUGUUCCUGCUCUUCCAGGCGCUGGCUGUUGGCUUCCUGCCGACGUUUGUGGUUCUGACCAACAGCUUCCCCCCCGCCUCCUGCUUCAUCGUCAUCCUGGAGCAGGUGCGUCUGAUGAUGAAAGCCCACUCCUUCGUCAGAGAGAACGUCCCACGAGUCCUGAGCUGGGCUAAAGAAAAAAACAGCCCCGGCCCUGUGGUGCCUCAGGUCUCUCAGUAUCUCUACUUCCUGUUUGCACCCACUCUCAUCUACAGAGACAAGUACCCCAGGAACCCGGUGAUCAGGUGGAGCUACGUGGCCUCAAAGCUCCUUCAGGUGCUGGGCUGUCUGUUCUAUGCGUACUACGUGUUAGUGCGGCUCUGCAUCCCUCAGUUUCGCAGCAGCAGCCGGCAGCUGUUCGACCUCCGAGCCAUGGUACUCUGCGUCUUCAACUCCAUCCUGCCCGGAGUGCUGGUUCUCUUCCUGGGUUUCUUCGCCUUCCUCCACUGCUGGCUCAAUGCUUUCGCUGAGAUGCUCUGCUUCGCUGACAGGAUGUUUUAUAAGGAUUGGUGGAACUCGACCUCUUUUGCUAACUACUACCGCACCUGGAACGUAGUGGUUCACGACUGGCUGUACUGCUACGUGUACCGCGACAUCCUGUGGAUGUCUCGGAAGCGCUUCAGACCGGCGGCCAUGUUGUUUGUGUUCACGGUUUCUGCCGUCGUGCACGAGUACAUCCUCGCCAUCUGCUUCGGCUUCUUCUACCCCGUCCUCUUCUGCCUCUUCAUGUGCUUCGGAAUGAUGUUCAACUUCAUCCUGCACGACCGGAGGAAAGGUCCCAUCUGGAACGUGAUCAUGUGGACGUCUCUGUUCCUCGGUCAGGGGGUCAUCCUCUGCCUGUACUCUCAGGAGUGGUACGCCCAGCAGUACUGCCCUCUGACGGAGCCUUCAUUCUUGGAGUUGUUGAAGCCUCGCUCGUGGAGCUGUCACAGAGAUGCUGGACUCUGAUUGGCUGUGAUCCAGGUCUCUUCACUGCCUCUGUCUUACCGUCUGUUCUCUCUAGUUUCAUUUACAUGGACACUAGCUUACUCCCGCCCGACUCGCCCCCCCCGGAGCAGCCUGCCCAGGUACAGCUUUGAAGCUUUUGUGCUUUUCUUUGCCAUAGUCCGGUUUGGACUGGAUGAAAUAUUUCAGGAUUGCACUUUUAACUUGACAUGUUCUCACUUGCUUGGUUUCAAAACAUAACAAGUGCCACAAUCUGUUCAUUGGGGACCAUAACAUCAAUGCUAUUUUCCAUUGCUGUUGCCGGCCGCUAUUGCUCACGUAAACCUACUGCUGCUGCACCCCCUGUGAUCUCAGAGGCACCCCAAGUCCUUUUGAUCUGCGCCCCUGGUCAUGUGUCUGUGUAUGAAUGUAUGGAAGAGAUCCAAUAAAGUGCCAAAAUGUUCUUUACUCCAGCAGCAAAGUCACAGCGAUGCCUUACUCUCCUGUUUUAUGUCUUCAAAAUCAUCCCAACACACUGACACACUCACAUUUAAUCACAUGUGAGCUUUUAUUUGAUUUCCAGAUGCAUUUCCAUUAUGUUCGCCUCGAUCAGCUGUGAAACCUCUCCUUGUGCCAAUAUGAUCUGAUGGCUAACAGGAAAUACAAACAUCACUCACAAUGGUUCAUAUUUAACAGUGUGCAGUUACUACUGUAUUACAGAUAACGUUCAGUAUGUUGAGAAUGUUAUUUAU